UCUGGGCUCGGCUCAGACCCUUUUUACCAGCAUGAAGCCGAUUUCAACGGUAGCACGCUCAGCUCAUCACUGGAGUGACGUGUGCACAACUUUGGGUGAGAUAAAACUCAACGCCUGACUUAGAAUCAUCCCUUUUCCACCCUGCGCACUUACGGUGAACUUAGGUAAUCUUGCUUUUGCUGUUCUAGUUAAAUAAACACUGCUCUAAGAAUGUAUCAUGUCGUGGAGUUUGUCAACUCAAAGGAGGUUGAAGUUGUCCACUCUAAUUGGCCGAAAGGAGGCCAAAGUUUCUGGCCCCCUUUUGUAUCUCUUGCAAAGCUGCGUAGGGCAGCUAAAGAUGGGGUGAUUCCCGGUGCUGACUGGACUCGAUUCAGAGUCUGUGUAAUGUAUUCACAUGACGUGUAUGAGAUUGCCUGUGCAAAGCUGCUAGAGGCUACAAUUACUUCUGAUCUAAACACUGAAGAUGAGGACAACAGGCCAGAGUACAUGAAGAGAAAGAAUAGAGGCUGUAGAAGAAUAGUGAGCAGCAGUGAAGAGGAGGAGGAGGAAGAGGAGCAGGGGAGGACUGCUGCACCUCGUGCCCCAACCAAAAAGAAAUCUUACACUAUACUUGCACCAGCCCCCUGCAUCCCAUCUCUUGAUGCUCUAGGUGAAGGGAGUCAGCCAGCUGGUCAAGGUUUUUGGUCCCCAGGCCAUAUUUCAGAGACCACAGUUGAUGAUCCCCCUUCUGAUGCAAACAGCUCGGCAGCAGGUCUCUGGGACUCUCCCCCUUCAGCAAACAUCACAGCGGCUAGUCCACCACCGUGGUCACCAGUCUCCACUACAAACAGCCCGAUAGCUAGUCAAAGUCAAUGGGCUACGCCUCCUACCUCAACCCAUGCAGCAGCUGGCAGGAGUCAUUCAUCAGACCAAACUGGAUAUCAAAACAUCCCACAAGUACGUGACACACAAAACAGGUCUUCUCGUGAGGUAGUGCCUACAGCAAUUGCCAAGGAGAUCCUCAUCCAACUUGAUUCUAUCAGAGAACAGCAGUUGCUCAUCCUGGUGCAGCUCCAAAAAAUCUCCAGCAGUCAAGCAGUUCCAGACGCCUCGCCAGACCCAACACAUUUUGGGCUCCCACUUUCAACUAUUGAGGCGCUACAACAUUUAGAGGAGACAUUAAAGAAUCCAGAAGAGAAGAAGAAUUUGACUGUUCUCCUUGGAAUGGUCGGAGGCAUGACUCUUAAAGACACCGUGGGGCGGGUCCUGAAAAGAGCAAUGAACACCUCCCUGGCUAGACUCAUUAAUUGGAGUGGGGCCAACCGAAAGCCUGCAUUCAAAGGACUCAUUUUGAAAAGUGUGGUUCUGGAUGCAGUCCGCCGGAAUGCCCUGACCAAAGAUUCUACGGAAAAGGAAAUAGAGCUCCUCAUCACCAGGUGGCUGCAGCUAGCCUCUGAUAGGGAUGGUGGCCGAAGCCAGAGGGCGAACAGGCAGACCGUGUAGACAAAACUCAAACGCCUAUGUAUGUAUUUGGACCAUGGUCGGGUACUACAGCUCCACACAGAAAGGCAGGACACAGCUGGUCCGUUUUGAAUGAACUGGAUCUCAUUGUUAUAUAGACAUUUGUUGCACUCAGUAUAUUUUCCAUCACCUGAAACUGCAAGUUACAAUGAUCAAAUUUCUCA